CUCCCCGGCUCCCCGGCUCCCCGCCCCCGGGCUCCCCGAAGCCCGGCGCGUCUGAGGAUGCGCCUCCGAGCCCGCGGCCCCCCAGCUGCCUUUGCGGGGACCUGCGCCUAGCGCCGCGGGGCUGCCGGCGUGGGUGCAGGCGUGCGCGGCCCCGGGUGCGAGUGCCGGGAGAGCUGGGUGCCGCAGAGCCGCGGGCAGCAGGAUGACCUAGCUCGGGUGCGGACGGUCGCAUUGUCGCUGCCCUGCCGGCCGGGAGGCACCUGGAUCGCUGCUGACCAGCCCCCACCCCCACCUCCACCCCGGCCCCUCAGCCCCCCGGGGCCCCCACUCCGUAUGCACCAUGGCCCACGCGGCGGCUUCUAUUAAAAAAGUUCGGGAGGCUGAACUGGACGAGAAGGAGAAGAACCUGGAGAGAGAAAGGAAAAAACAACGGAAAGUCCCCCGGGAACGGAUGGAACGCAAGAGAAAGUCUGACAGCAAUGCCAGCUUCCUCCGCGCUGCCAGAGCCGGCAACCUGGACAAGGUGGUGGAGUACCUGAAGGGAGGCAUUGACAUCAACACCUGCAACCAGGUAGGCGCUGGGCAAGGUGGGCUUUCAGGCGGCUGCGCUCAGUCCCCUUCCCAGGUGUGGCUCUGCACCUGCAGCUGGGAAGGACCUCCGGGCUUGGAGGCAGGGGUAUCCCCUUUGCAGGUGUAGCCGCAGAACCUGAGCAUUAAUUUUUAGAUGUUUUAUUUUUAUUUAUUUAUUUUUUUGCCUUCAUGGUUAUCACUGGGGCUCGGUGCCUGCUCUAUGAAUCCACUGCUCCCGGAGGCCAUUUUUUUCCCCAUUUUAUUGGACAAAACAGAGAGAAAUUGAGAAGGGAAAGGGAGGUAUAGAGGGAGAAAGAAAUACAGAC